AUGUCCGACCUUGUCUCGGGUGGCGCAGGCUGCGGUCCCUCCAACCCGCUUCAGAACAUUGGCAAACGCUUUGGUCAGGAUCGCGGUGCGCAGCAAGACACGUUCGCCUCCAGUCCAUUUGCUCAGCAGCAAUCACCCUCGUUCCGAUCGCACAAUGCUGCUGCCUCCUCAUCCCAGCAGCAGCAGCCUGCUUUCUUCAACGCUCCGUCGCAGCAAGUACCGUUGGCUUCGCAGGGCAAUCUCCACGAUGCAUUCGACGUCUCGCAGCUGCGUAGCAACCUGCCGAGUGGCUCGCGCAUGCCCAUGCAGAGCCAACAUCAUCGAUCCACACCAGGUCCUAGCAUGGCCGAUCUCGAAGCCAGCUUCCGUCCUGCAUUUUCGAGGAGCUCGACUAUUCAAGCCGCCCCACGAGCUGCUGUGCAAUCCGGUUGGGCUUCCGACUUUCUUAGCGCAGAAGCCUCGCAGUCCAGCGUCCAGGCUCAGCCUGCACAGCAGAUGCACGUAGACCGACACUCUUCACACGCCAUUCAUCCCAACGUCAUCCCCAUGGGGAUGCACAUGGGCAUGAUGUCUAUGCCUCACACUGCACCUAAUAGGCACUUUUCGCCAAGCCAUCUGCAGGAGCAACAUCAGAUCCACGCAAUAGCAGCACCUCAACUUGACAAUGCAAGAUGGGCAGAAGCCUUCACAGCUUUCGAAGUCUCGUCCAAGCCAGCACCGGAGGCACCCGCAGCAACGGCCGAUGUCAAGCCAUCUGAAAAGGUCGACUAUGCUGACCCCCAAGAACGAGACGAACUCGCCCGAACCGCAGGUCGACUCGUUUCUUCUGUCGAGCAUGACCAAAGCUCAAAGUUUCGUCAAAGCAACUUUCUCGAUCUUAUGCGCAAGAUUCGGGACAAGCAAGCCGGCAUCGAGGGUGACAACAUUGUCGAGAACGCCGGCACCUCUACCACGACGCUCGAUAAGGGCAAGGCCAGAGCGCACGAUCUCAGCGCGUCAUCAACCACACAGCAGGCGCAGCCGCAGUCGCAACAAGAGGCCUAUUCGUGGGCAAACCAGAUGGCAGUCAGUGGUGGACUCUCGCAUCUGCCGCCCAGCGUACAAAAAUCACUGGCGAAGAACAACGUGCAGCAGUCCGAUCUACCGCAAGCUCUGCGCAACGAGCAGCAGAUUCAGAAUCAGCAGGCGCUUAACGAUAUGUGGGCCGAGGAAGAUGCACGAAGCGAGGCUAUCGAGAAGCAGGCGAUGCGCGAGAGCGCUCGGGCCUUUGUCGGAGACGGUGGCGAUGUCACUGCUCGAAUGCGCGAGGAUGAUGCCGAUGCCCAGGAGUUCGAGCGAUACCAGCGUCUCGGAGCUAACAUUCCGCACGCCAGCACCUUCAACAGGCGAUGGGAGGAAGAUCUGAACCGUUCCACUAACGAAAUGGAGGAGGACGAAGCGCUCGAUUUUGUUGGUCGCCGCUGGGAAGGAACCAAGGGCAGAGGCUAUCCGGGUGCGCAGACGGCCGAGUGGGACAAGCUGCAGAGCGAUUGGGACAACUUCGAGGUCACUUCUGCGGGUAUCCGACCCGUUACUCUGCCACAACGCUCUGGGGCGACUACGUCCAUGCAGCCAGCGCCAGUCUACCGCUUCCUCAGCGACAAUCCUUACAUCGCUUCAACACGCCACCAUGCCGCACAUGCCGGUGGACUUCCAGCUGGUCUCGAGUCGGUGCUCGAGAAGGAAGCCGCUGUGCAGCAGGAUCCGCAGAACGCAUCAGCGUGGUAUGACCUCGGUGUCAAGCAGCAGGAGAACGAACGAGAGGUGCAAGCGAUUGCAGCGCUGCGGAAGGCGCUCGAUCUUGACGCCAACCUUAGGGACGCUUGGUUGGCGCUCGCUGUGAGCUACACCAACGAAAACGACCGCACCGCUGCGUACGAGGCGAUCGAACGAUGGAUCGAGAGCAACGACAAGUACCGCGAGGUGGUUCAGCGGGCCAAAGCUGAAGUUGAUGCCGCAAACCUAGGCAAGCAGCGUGGCCGAAGUGACAGCGUUUCGUCGCACAGCACCUCUGCCUCGGUGGUGGAGAAGCACUCACGCUUGACCAGCCUGCUCAUUGCCAUGGUGCGUAGUGGUGGUGAGAGGGGCGAGAUCGAUGCCGACGUCCAAGUGGCGCUGGGUGUCAUUUUCAACUCGAGCGAAGACUAUGACAAGGCUGUCGAUUGUUUCUCCACCGCACUGUCCGUUCGGCCACAAGACUGGCUGCUCUAUAACCGACUGGGUGCGACGCUCUCGAACUCGGGACGAAGUGCCGAGGCGAUUCAGUACUACCAUCACGCGCUCAACUUGCAACCCGAAUUUGUGCGUUGUCACUUUAACCUCUCGAUCUCCUGUCUCAACCUCAAGAUGUAUCAGGAUGCUGCGGAGCACAUCUACACGGCGCUGACGCUGCAGCAAGCUGAAGCGGAGACGCUGGGCAUGGCGGCCGAGAAGGACAGCGCGACCAGUGGGAGCUUGUGGGAGACGUUCAGGGUGGCGUUGGAGCUGUUGAACCGGAGCGAUCUGGCGGCAAAGUGUAGUAGGAGGGAUAUUAACGCCUUUGACCUCAGCGACUUUGUUGCUCCUGCAAGUGGCAGUGGCUCUGCUGGGGGUGUGGGUGAGGUCCCAUUCGAUUAUUAA